AUGCGAUGGCUUGCACACGUCCUGCGGUUUAAUUGUGCAAAUAUUCGUCGGUAUAGCGUUACCCAUGACAAGCCGGUUGUUCUGCGCCCAUACCAGGAGUCCUGCCUGGACGCUUGUCUCGACGCUCUCAAGGCUGGUUCAACUCGUAUAGGCGUUUCUCUGCCCACCGGCUCCGGGAAAACAACCGUAUUCAUAUCUUUACUAUCUCGCAUAUCUUCUCCACAGGGGUUCCCGGGCGCAAGUCGUGCACUCAUAGUCGUAAAUAGCAUUGAACUUGCUUUGCAAGCGGCUACUCAGGCAAAGAAGUUAUGUCCCCAUUGGAGUGUGGAGAUCGAGCAGGGAGCCAAACACAAGGCUUCUGGUGUAGCGGACGUGACCGUUGCUACAUAUCAAACAUUAUUGCAAUCCCAACGAUUGGCCAAGUUCGAUCCCACCUCUCUGAAAGCCGUCAUAGUCGACGAGGCUCACCAUGCAGCUGCACCCUCCUAUCGUCGCAUUCUAUCGCAUUUUGACGCAUCAGUGAAAAACCCUGAUCCAGCAUUUGAAGCGCCCAAGCUACGGCAUUCCAUCCCUAUUCUAGGUUUCUCGGCGACCUUCAGCAGACACGACGGUCUUGCUCUUGGAUCCGUAUUCGAGUGUAUAGUCUACCACCGGGAUUUUUUAGAGAUGAUCAAGGAGCAAUGGCUUUGCAAUGUCCGGUUCACGUCUGUCAAAGCUAACAUCGAUCUCAGUGGGGUCACUGUUAACUCUCGGACGGGCGACUUCAAUCCUACCAGCUUGGCGCAUGUGAUCAACACAGACGUCGUCAACAAGCUUGUUGUGCAGACAUGGUUGGAUAGGGCGGCGGAGCGCAAAUCGACCCUUGUCUUUUGCGUGAACCUCGCUCACGUUCGGCAUUUGACGUCUGCCUUUAGAGCAGCCGGUAUUGAUGCUCGGUAUGUCUACUCGGGCACACCAGCUGAAGAGCGCAAGGCCCUCAUUGCGUCUUUCAAGGGUGGGAAGUUCCCCGUGCUAGUGAAUUGCGCUAUUUUGACGGAGGGAGCAGACAUACCCAAUAUUGAUUGUGUAAUAGUGGCGCGACCAACUCGCUCACGCAACAUAUUCGCCCAAAUGAUCGGCCGAGGGAUGAGACUUUCGCCUCAAACAGGGAAGGAAGACUGUCGAAUUAUUGACUUCGUCGAUUCCACCAAUCGUAUGCCGGGUGUAGUCUCAACGCCUACCUUGUUUGGUCUCGAUCCUUCUGAACUUAUUGAUGACGAAAGCGCAGAGUCUCUUGAGCAGCGUGUCGAAGCCCCCAGUGAGAUGUCGGAUUCCAAAGAGACGUUGAGGUUUGACAGCCCCAAUGACAUCCCCGACCCCAAGUCGGUCACCUAUGUCGAUUAUGAAGACCCAUUUGCACUCGUCGACCAAUCACAUGGAGCGCCGCAUAUUCGCAAAUUGAGUAGCCAUGCAUGGGUUGGCUGUGGUGAAGACAUCUAUGUUCUGGAAUGUCUCGGUAAAGGACACAUCCGCAUUGAGAAGACUGAAGGAGACGAAGAGAACGAAAUUCUGUUUCAGGCUCACUACACACCUCCGACCCUUCCAAUGGGCACUGCUUUCACGCUGAAGAUCUCACCUUUCCAAAGAAGCAGGAAGAUCCUGACGGCGACAUCGUUGGUCGAAGCGCUUCGUGGUUGUGACACAUACGCAAAAACAAAAGCGGUGCAGGGAUCUCUCGCUAUGGGGCUUCUCCGUUCCGCAAGAUGGAGGAGGGAGCCCGCCACAGACAAUCAGAAGAAGUUCAUCGGCAAGCGAUGGAAGAGUCGGAAGGAUAUCGUUAUCGGAGAUGGGAAUGAGCCAGACAGCAUUGAACAAAGACUCGCGAGACUGACGAAGGGGGAGGCUGCCAAUGUCAUUAUUCGGUUAAAACAUGGCGCCCAGGCUCGUUACGAGAAGAAAGCAAAGGCUAACCAGAAAGUAGCCCAAUCCAUCGCCAAGGAGAGGAUGAGAAAAGCAAGAGAACACGUUCGGGUAGGGCCGCUGCCACAGAUGGCUGAAACCACAUCGUAG